AUGAUUGGACGACUUAUUCUUUCUGGAGGACGACAACUGAAGUUAUGUUCAGCAGCCUUGUCUGUAAAUAGUAGCUCUAAAUACAGAGUGGUCACUGUAGGAUCUUCAAUUAAUCAUGUUCCUUCUCAAGGAUUGUGUUACUUAUCUCCUGUCACUUACAGUGAUCAUAAUAAAUCUCAUGGUACUGGAACCACUCAACUCGUACUAGAUUCAAAUUUAAAAGCCUGUGUGUUAGAAUCCACAUUAGCCUAUGUCCCAAAAUAUGGUUGGUCACGUGAAGCGGUUGAGGCUUGUUGUCAAGCGGAAGGAUGGCCCUCAGGAUUACAUGCUUUUGUUGCACCUCAAGGUGGUAUUGACAUAGUUUUACAUUUCUACGCUACACGUAAUCAACAGUUGGCUGAAGUUAUGCAACAAUGGAGAACAACUAAUGCUAGUACAAAUAAAAAUAUUGAACUCAAAGAAUCAAGCUCAUCUUUAUCAUCAUUCCCGUCUACAGCUGAUGAAGUUGAUCGAUUUUUAUAUCGUGCUCUAGAGUAUCGACUGAAAAUGAUUCUACCAUACAUAGAAGUUUGGCCUCAGGCUUUAGGUUUAUUAUCGUUACCUACAAAUAUUCCCUCUUCACUUGGUAUGCUUGCUCAACUUGUUGAUGAAAUAUGGGCUCAAGCAGGUGAUCGUUCAACUGAUCUAUCAUGGUAUGCGAAACGUUUAGGUGUUGCUUAUGUGUACAAUUUAACAGAAUUGUACAUGUUACAAGAUAAAUCUCCGGAAUUUUCAGAAUCAUGGAUAUUUUUACAUAAACGAAUUGAAGAUUUACGAUCUAUGAAACAAAUGAAUUUAAAGGCUACAUCAAGUAUGCUUAGAAAUGGUGUUUUAGCUUUUGGAAAUGUUACUUGCAAUAUUCUCGGAUGGAAUCGUAACAAUUAA